AUGGGCAAAGGAGGCCGCAUCGCCUGCAUCUUCACUCCCUGGGUCCUCACCGUCGCCAGCUUGAUUUGCAUCAUCAUCAUCGAGAUCGCCGGCUGGAACAAGUCCCUCCUCAGCGACUACUACUUCAUCAAAGCCAACUUCAGCGACCUCUCCGUCUCGGGAGCAGGCGACCUCGCAAACACCACCACCCUCACCGCCGCCCUCCAACAAGCACAGCAAAGCAACACCCUCGAAGACGUCUACGAAGUCCACCUCUGGAACUACUGCACCACCGACGAAGAUGGCUCCAACGUCGAGUGCUCCGACCGCCACGCAAACUUCUACUUCGACCUCGUCUCCAUCUGGGGCCUAAACAGCACCGCCGCCGCGGCCUCCUCCACCUCCACCUCCUCCCGCCCCAGCGCACAAAACAACCCCAUCCAGAAUGCCGCCGACAACCUACAAGACAAAACCGAAGGCCUCGAGCGCGAGCUGCUCGGCGACGCGGGAGAAAAAGCCUACACGGCGUACAAGAAAGUCGCCAAAGCCAUGUUCAUCCUCUACGCCGUGGCCUUCUGGACCGAACUCGCCACGCUCGCGCUCUCGCUCUUCGCCAUCUGCUCCCGCUGGGGCAGCCUGUUCACCUGGCUCUUCUCGUUCGUCAGCUCAGUCAUCACGCUCGCGGCCGUCGCGACGACGACGGGCGUCUACCUCGCGCUGCUGGGAGCGCUGCGCGGUCUCCUAGACCCAUACGACGUGAAGCUGCAGCUCGGCAGCAAAGCAUUCACGGUCGCCUGGCUCGGCGUGGCGUUCUCGUGGGCCGCGACGUUGUUCUGGCUCUUCAGCAUUUGCUGCUGUUCGGGAGCGAGUAACCCACACCACAAGAGCAACAAAGGCGGGCUCUGGAACGCCGAGCCCAAGGGACAAGGGUAUGGUGAUUACCGCGGCAGGGGUCUGAAGGUGGAGAAGACGGGCGGGUAUGAGAGGGUCAAUAGCCCGUUCUUGGGCCACGCGGAGCAAGGGCAUGGGGAUCGCGUGCCGUUGCAGCAGUAUCCGCAGCAGCAGACGGGGUAUACGCAGGGGGCGUAUGAGCCGUUUAGGCAUAACUGA